AUGGACAGCGACGAGGAGAGUGUGUUGCUGCAGCUCAAAGAGCUGGACGAGCUAGCGAGCAUCAUGAAGCUGGAGGGAGCUGGAGGAAACGACGACAGCGAGGAGGAUGACGGCGACGAGGGAGGUGAAGGAGAGACAGCAGACGCGAUCCUAAAAGAGCUAGAGGAGCUCGACCGAUUGGCCAACAACACGCAGGGUUACGCUGAGUACACAGCAGGGGGAGUGGAGGAGGAGGCGAGCAGCAGAGAUCUGGAUCAAGACGAGCUCAGUGAGCUGAGGCGAUUGAUCCAGAAGCGGGAGCUCCUGAAGGAGAAGCUGAGGAUCCUAAAGAAGAGGGAGAUGCUGCAAAACAAGCUCAAAGAGCUCGAGCGGCAGAAGCGAGCGGCGCUGCGACGGCGAGCAGAGCACAGCAAGCACGAGGCGUCGAGCCCCAACAGCAGUCAGUCGACGCCGAUGGAGGACAGCAGCAUCAUCGAGGCAGACCUGGGCUUCAAGACCCGGGGGUUCAACAACGAGAUCAAGUUUGAGAAGGCGAACUUGGACGACUCAACGAGCCCCGAUCACUCGCUGAUUGGGAUCGAGCACGAGUAUUACAACCAGAGCAUCGACUGCCUGACGAAUCUUCCGCAAGGCUGUGGGACGAGUCGUAAAGGGCAUCGCGACAUCCGUCACAAAGUCGCACUUCCACAGGAGUUUGGAAGACUCAGCCAUGGCACAGGCUACACAGGCAAUACCUCCCACCUGCUGUCCUUCGACGAGCACAACAGCUCCUCGGAGAAGAGCCAAGAGGAGGUGCAGGCGAUGAUGGACGACCUGCUGAACCUCGAGGUUAGCGUCCUCAACGACUCCAUCGACUCGGAGACGAAGGAGCUGCAGUCCCUCCCCUCGCCCUCUCCCUCCCGGCGACGAAAUGUUCGCAAGGAUAGCGCCCGGGGGCAGGACAAGGGCAGCGAGAAGACGGCAAACCUGCUGGCAGAGCUGGCAGAGCUCGAAGCUCUCUCCCAGCAGGCAUCACAAGCUCGCAAGAGUCUUAACGUCUCCAUGGAAGAGAAGAGCACGAAUAUCAUGAAGCCGAAGGAUGGAUGGAGCAAGGCAGGAGGCGCUGGUUCUCCCGUGGACGUUGUCACGCUCUGCUGA